AUGUACUGGGAUUCCGAUGAAGGGCAUGCAGAGCUCGAAAGUUAUGCAAAUGGACAAUGGCAGAAUUGCCAACUGGGGGACAAUGAUGUGGCCGUGGGAUGUAUCCAUCCUGGGUUUGGCGCCGAUAUCAUUGCCAUUGAGGGUGAUGUAGAAGAGGAUUUUGAGCAUGCGAUCUCAGCUGGAUCUGUAUCUUUCAUGGAGCCGUCCAACGGCUUCAGUUCCUCGGGCCAAGAUUCUGCAGUAUCGAGAGCACGGCGCAUGAGCUGGGACAGACCAGCACCCCUACCCCACGACGCUAUACAACACGAGUCCUUGACAUGGGAUCAUGAAGAACCGAUUCCUCGCACACGACAGCACCCAGAUGGCCAGCCGCACGAUAGACCGUUUAGGCAUGAGGUGCACAGUCAAGCCUCGGAUUUGGAUAGUCCAAUUUACCAAGCUGGAGAGCUCGACGAUACAGUACAUCUCACGAGUCAAAAUACAGUAUGGAGACGGUCGGCGCCGUACGAGCGCGAUCUCGAGCUAAGGCGUCGCGGGGACCGCAACCGUGGCGAUCAACGAGCUGGAGAUGCACUAAAGGCCGUGGGCAAGAGCAUUCGAAGAGCGAGCGUGCGCGUUGUAAAUUUCCAGGCGAAGAAUAUGGACGACCGACCCGUGAAACUAGACGAUGUGGACGAGUAUCCAGACACUACGCUUAAUGCGGUUCAGGAACAGCCCGGGCCACAUUUGCGGGGCAAAACAUUAGGCAUUUUCGGACCCAAGAAUCCAAUUCGAGUUUUUAUGCAUAAAAUGCUCUCAUCACCUUUCACAGAAGCAACCAUUUUAUUACUAAUUAUUAUCAAUGCUGUCAUCCUCACCAUCCAAUCUGUUCGACAAGUUUUCCAACAAAUUCAACCGGGUCCAGGUUACUUCCACUCAUGGGAAGACCUUGUGCUAUUAGGUCUUUUUGGCGCUUAUACAAUAGAAGCACUCUCAACCUCAAACGGGAAGGCACCAUUACCUCCAAACUCUCUAGCAUCAAACCCCGUUUCGCCCACCGUACUGGGAGCGUCCGUACUCCGCAGACGCCACAGGGCAAUGGAUUCUCCGGAAUGGACGAGAAGAAAACCGACUCGAACAUCCGCAGCCACCCCCGACAGCCGACAACUUCUAGCGUCGGUCAAUCAACUGCCAGCAGCCGGCUAG